AUGGGCGCAGGAGCCUUCAUAGAACCACUUGUGGUUAUCACCCUACUCUUCGGCGGUACUUGGGUAAACCGCAACACGGAAUACCGUCUUCUUAACCGACCAAAAGUCUAUCACCACUCGCCCCGCUCUGCCUCACCCGAGUCUGGUCGAUCGAGUCCCCUGUCCAGUACAUCACUUCUCGCCAAUGUCGACGAAGAGCCACGAUGGCAGUCGCGCGAAAUCAAACUACUAGGCAUGCGCAAACAAGUUCUCAGCCCAAACACCCGUAGAUUCCAAGACUACUUUCUAUCAAGACUACUCCAAAAGUUUCCCUUUUUAGUCGAAGCCUGGUACUGGGCUUUGAUCUACUGGGUCUACCAAGUCGGGCGCGGCAUAAGUGCCCUCUAUCUCAUCGACGAAGGCACCGUAAACGUCGCGCGCCGCCACGCCUUGCAACUCAUCGCCCUCGAGCAGCGCCUACACAUCUUCCUCGAACUCGACAUCCAAGCCUGGUUCCUCAAGCACCCCUUCAUUCUCCACUGGACAAACCGCAUCUACUCUUUCAUCCACAUCCCCGGCACCAUCCUCUUCCUCGUAUGCCUCUACUACUACACCACAACCCGCAACCGCGUCAAUCUCCCCUUGCACAACAAGCCAAUAGGUGAAGCAUCCGGCAGUCCCGCAGGCGCAGCCUUAUAUGCCGCCCGCCGCCGCACAAUGGCAACCUGCAACCUCCUCGCCUUCAUCAUCUUCACCCUCUGGCCCUGCAUGCCCCCACGCCUCCUCUCCGACCCAGACGUCACCGGCGACAUUGGCAAAAAAGCCCGCAGCUUCGGCUUCGUAGAUACCGUGCAUGGCGCUGAAGGCGAAAGCAGCGUCUGGACCCAAAACAAAUUCUGCAACCAGUACGCCGCCAUGCCCUCGCUGCAUUUCGGCUACUCCCUCCUUAUCGGACUGACCGUUAUGACGAUUCCGCUGGCGCCCCAGCAUGCGCGCUCGAGGAGCGUAGCGUUGACAAUGGGACUCCGCAUGCGUGUCCCGUCACUACGCAGGUUUCUGUGUGUAGCACUCGGUGUCGCGUAUCCGACUAUUAUCCUCAUUGCCAUUGUGGCAACGGCGAAUCAUUUUAUCCUAGAUGCCGUUGCGGGGGCUAUGGUGUGCGGUAUUGCUUGGGCGGGGAAUCGCGUCCUGCUUAAUUUGCUUCCGCUCGAAGACUACUUUUUGUGGUGUGUACGCAUUCAUAAGCCUGAGAGACGGUCGGUUGGAUGGGGUGGAGAUGAGUUCAAGUAUGGUGGGGCUAAGGGUGUGGUUUUUGAUUAA